AUCCAGUGUCUCAACUUUUGUGACAUUGAGAUCAUCUUUUUUAGAGAUCUGACUCACCGCCGAACUCGGGUUGGACCGCACUAGGGUUUACUCCCAACUCCCAAACUAAAACCCUAGUUUAACCCCGGUUAAAAAAAAGCAGAAGAAAAAAAUAAAUAAAAAUAAAAAAUCUACAGUUCAACUUCACGUGUAUUCUGCAGUUUACAGUACUUGUGAUUGCCGGCCGGAAUCCGGGAAUUCCGGCAGUCUCCGGCGGAGGAAUCGGUAGAUGUUGCGGUCAGUUGGCUCUGUUCCGGCGUUCUUUUCCGGGGUUUGGGUGUCUUUUUGUUGCAGAGAAUAAUCGAAUUUGCGGCGGCGGCGGCGCGCGCAUUCUCCGCUGAUGGCCGCCGGGGAAUAGUUUCUCCAUUUGGCUUUCUAUUGAGUUUCAACAGCUAUGAAGAGGAGAGCCAUACAUCAUAAUCAACAUCCUUUCAAUGUCUAUCCUUUUGAGGUAUUCCGGAAUGAAAGUUGGCAACCGGUAGAGCGCAUAAGAAUUCAGAAUGGGGCGUUUGCUUUGCACGUUUUAGACGAAGGGGAAUUGAUCGAGGAGGAUAUUCCUAUAACAAACAUUAGAAUAAGCUCAAGAAAAGCCACUACUUUGGACUGUGCUUGUUUUCUAAGGCCCGGACUUGAUGUUUGUGUCUUUUCUACCCCUCACCAAACAGAAGAUUCGGAUUCCGAUGAAGAUUCAGAUGAUAAAUUUGAACCCGAACCCGUAUGGAUUGAUGCGAAAAUAAGAUCCAUAGAAAGGAAGCCUCACGACUUUGGGUGUGCCUGCGUUUUCCAUAUAAGUGUGUAUAUCACCCAAGGCCCGCCUCCCAUUUUGAAGAAGACGUUAAGCAAGGAGGUCAAAACGGUCACACUUCAACACAUUUCCAUUCUACAGAAACUUGAGUUGAAACCGUGUGAAGAGACACAUUACCGUUGGAACUUCAGCGAAGACUGCAAUGCCCUCCAGACAUUUAAGUUGUUCACCGGAAGGUUUUGCAGCGAUCUCACCUGGCUCCUCGUCGCGUCCGUUCACAAAGGCACGGGAUUUGACGUUAGGUCUGUCCACAACCGCAUCGUCUAUGAAAUAUUGAAGGACGAAGACGACAUUGACGCGGUGGAUUCGGGGCACGGCUCGUACGCCAUGAACUUCAAGGUGGAAAAUGACGUUUCUACCCUUGUCGUCGUGGAGUUCGAUGUGAACGCCACCACCGAGAGAGGAGGAGGAGGACAACAACCGCAACAAGACGGGGCGGGACCACUCGUCUUGUACGACGAGUUGCGCCGUUCCAAGCGUAGGUUCGUGCAGCCCGAACGGUACUUGGGGUGGGAAGAGUGUAUGACGGAGUUCGAGGUUGAAGUUACGCGGCUAGGGGGAGGAAUGAAGUAUAAGACAGAGGAAGUGGGAGAGUUACCCAUGGCCCUCUCCAUUCAAGCCGACCACGCAAUGAAGUCCGGCGAUAUCGACCCGUCCCUUGUGCGUCACCGAAGCGAAAACGCGACGAAGUCCGCAACCAAGCGGGCCUGCGGCGACAAACAACAACUUGCCAUCGUCCCUCGUCAAACGUCCGGAGAGAACCGUCCGGCGCCUCGCAAAGACGGUGCGGUUAACUUUGAAGUCGACGACGAUCUAUCUGCGGAGAUCAAAGAGAUAGUUUCCAAAUACAUUUACGUGAACGGUUCCUCGGACCUGCACAUGAACAAAGCCGCAUUCCGGAUGAUGAAGGGGAAGCGUUGGGCGGGUCAAACCAAGGUUUCCAAGCUGAAGUUUUUGGGGUUGGAUAUUAGGAAGGGCGGGACCGGCACGAGCAAGAAAGGGUAUAAAAGACGAGAUUGCCCUCCGUCCGAGAGGGACAGCAUAUACGACAUCAGGUCGUUUCGGAAAGGGUCGAUAAGCGCCAAUGUGUACCGGGAACUGAUCCGGAGGUGUAUGGCGAACAUUGACGCGACUCUCAACAAGGAGCAGCCCCCUAUCAUGGACCAAUGGAAAGAUUUCCAGUCAAACAAGUCGUGCCAGAGAGAGCGUUUUGAAAACGAAUCGACGAAUCCCGAGGAAGAGCUGUCCGAGCUCGACAUGCUGUGGAAGGAAAUGGAACUCGCUUUGGCUUCGUGUUACCUUCUCGACGACCACGAGGGAACGAACUUGCAGACUGUAACUGAACAACACAUGGCAAAUAAGAAUGGAAGUAAAGUCUGUCAACACGAUUUUCGGCUCAAUGAGGAGAUUGGAAUUAUAUGUAGACUAUGUGGGGUUGUGAGCUCCGAAAUAAAAGACGUUCCCCUGCCCUUUAUGCCAUCAGCAAGCUCGAAUGCAGGUAAGGAUCAGAGACCGGAGGAAGUGGCCGAGGGAGACGAUGCUGCUGACGUGGACCACUUCCUCAUCCCGCCCUCGUCUUCCAACAAACCCGCCGCGUCCGAGGGAGAGGCGGGAGAGAACGUGUGGGCCCUGAUACCGGACCUCCGGCACAAGCUGCGGGCCCACCAGAGGCGGGCCUUUGAGUUCCUGUGGCGGAACAUCGCGGGGUCCACGAUCCCGACGGAGAUAGACCCCGAGAGCAAGAGGAGGGGCGGUUGCGUCAUUUCCCACACCCCCGGCGCCGGGAAAACCCUCCUGAUCAUCGCCUUCCUGGUCAGCUACCUGAAGCUGUUCCCCGGGUCCCGCCCCCUCGUGCUCGCCCCCAAAACCACCCUCUACACAUGGUACAAGGAGAUCAUCAAGUGGAAGAUUCCAAUCCCAGUCUACCAGAUCCACGGCGGCCAAACCUACAAAGGAGAAGUCUUGAGGCAGAAGAUGAAGCUCUGCCCAGGCCUCCCAAGAAACCAGGACGUCAUGCACGUGUUGGACUGCCUGGAGAAGAUGCAGAAGUGGCUGGCCCACCCCAGCGUCCUCUUGAUGGGCUACACCUCGUUCCUGACCCUGACCCGUGAAGACUCCACCUACGCCCACAGGAAAUACAUGAACCAGGUUUUGAGACAGUGUCCCGGGAUCGUGAUCCUAGACGAGGGACACAACCCUAGGAGCACAAAGUCAAGGCUGCGCAAGGCGCUGAUGAAAGUCAACACGAGUCUCCGUAUCCUGUUGUCCGGGACGUUGUUCCAGAACAACUUCGGGGAGUACUUCAACACCCUCUGCCUGGCGAGGCCGAAGUUCGUUGACGAGGUCUUGAAGGAGCUUGACCCCAAGUACAAGAAGCAAGCCAAGUCGCGGUUUUCGUUGGAGAAUCGCGCUAGAAAGAUGUUCAUCGACAAGAUUUCGAAGAGGAUCGAUUCGAACAAAGAGAAGGAGAGGAAGGAGGGGUUGAACAUAUUGAAGAAGCUAACCGGGGGGUUCAUCGACGCUUACGAGGGCGGGAGCUCGGACAACCUCCCCGGCCUCCAAUGCUACACGUUGAUGAUGAAGUCGACGACCCUCCAACAAGAGAUUCUAGUGAAGUUGCAAGAACAAAGGCCGAUAUACAAAGGGUUUCCUUUGGAGUUGGAGCUCUUGAUCACCCUCGGGGCUAUCCACCCGUGGUUGAUCAAGACCACGGCGUGUUCGAGCCAAUACUUCAAGCAAGAGGAGUUGGAGGCGCUCGAGAGGUUCAAGUUCGACCUGAAGCUCGGGUCGAAGGUCAAAUUCGUCAUGAGCCUAAUCCCGCGUUGCCUCCUACGGAGGGAGAAGGUCUUGAUCUUUUGCCACAACAUCGCCCCGAUCACCCUCUUCUUGGAGAUAUUCCAACGGUUCUACGGGUGGCGCAAGGGCGCGGAGGUCCUCGUCCUCCAAGGCGACAUCGAGCUCUUCGAGAGGGGUAGGAUCAUGGACAAGUUCGAGGAGCCCGGCGGGGCGUCGAAGGUGAUGUUGGCGUCCAUCACCACGUGCGCCGAGGGGAUAAGUUUGACCGCCGCGUCUCGGGUCAUCCUGCUGGAUUCCGAGUGGAACCCUUCGAAGAGCAAGCAGGCGAUUGCCCGGGCCUUUCGGCCCGGGCAAGACAAGGUGGUCUACGUGUACCAGCUUCUGGCCACGGGGACCCUCGAGGAGGAGAAGUACAAGCGGACGACGUGGAAGGAGUGGGUGUCGAGCAUGAUCUUCAGCGAGGACCUCGUGGAGGACCCGUCCCACUGGCAGGCCCCGAAGAUCGAGGACGAGCUGCUCGGGGAGAUCGUGGAGGAGGACCGCGCCACGCUCUUCCACAUGAUCAUGAAGAACGAGAAGGCUUCCAACAUGGGAAGACUUGUUCAAGAGUGACGUGACAUUUGGAUUUCUCGUGGCGACAGAACUCCCAAGUUUAUGGAUGGACCCUUAAAUCAUGGUAUGCUCAUUAUUAUUGUUGCUUAAUCAGUUUCAUAAACUCUGUUUUAAUAAGACCUUUUCAUGCACUGGUAUCGUUUACCUCAUGGAACUGUGUUAAUGUCUGUGAGGUUUUCUUUGGGGAGGAUGUGUUUUUUUUCUUUUGAUGUAAUGAGAAUGUUGUUAUUUGUACUAUGUAAGCAACUCCUAAUGGUGUGUAUUUGUAACAUAAAUUUCAUUAAUAAUU